CCCACAACACCGGUGUACGUUCUUCGCUACGAGUACAAUCGCGUACAAAGUUGUUUGUUAAACUUGUAUAGUGUGCCCAUUUAAUUUUGUUAAGAACAUGCCGCGUUCACAACCUACUUUAAAGGGACAAGAGAGAAGAAUGUUAUUCGACGUUUUUAACUAUUUUUUAAAACAAAAUAAUAUAACCGAUUCUCAUAAAAAAACAGCGGAAGCUACAAAUAAAUCCGUGUCCACCGUCAGAAGAAUUAUAAAAGAAAGUAAAAAAUCAGAUGGUGUCGUUGCAUUUAGGACUCCCGGUAAGAAAAGAAACAGUGUGAGACCAGUGACAGGAAUCAACAGUUUUGACAAGGGGGUGAUUAAACGGUGUAUACAUAAUUUUCUCAUUGAAAACGAAUUGCCGACCCUUGCUAAAUUGCGUGCAAAAUUUCGUUCCGACAUAAAUUUUCAAGGUUCUGAGAAAAGUCUACGGCGGAUCAUAAAGGAACUAGGCUUUAAAUGGAAAACCACCGAGAAUAAUAAAAAAGUUUUAAUAGAAAAAUCAGCCAUCCGACUAUUAAGAAUAAAUUAUUUACAAAAACUACGUCAAUACCGUCAACAAAACAGACCAAUUAUAUAUACAGAUGAGUCAUACGUUCACGCCACUCAUAUAUCAGAGACAGAUGGGACCACCAAAGGUUUAAAAAAGCCAGUAUCAAAGACGCAGCGUGCUGUCAUUGUACAUGCGGGAUCAGAAGCUGGUUUCGUGCCUAACGCCUUGUUGACGUUCAAAUCAGGGACAGAGUCCGGUGACAAUCGCGGCGUUAUGAACUUUGAAACUUACGAGAAGUGGAUCCGGACUCAAUUACUACCAAAUCUCCCCCCAAAAUCAAUUCUGGUUCUAGACAAUGCCACAUAUCAUAACAAAGAAUAUGAUGUAGCACCAAACGAGAAUACGAAGAAAACUGAUAUGCAGACUUGGCUUUCAAAACAUGGAAUACCAUUUACGCCUGAUAUGUUAAAACCUCAAUUAUAUCAAUUAAUAAAAAGUAACAAAGACCGCUUCAAAACAUAUAGCAUUGACAAGAUUCUUAACGAACAUGGUCACGAUGUACUUCGCCUGCCACCCAAUCAUUUAGAUUUGAAUCCCAUAGAAAUGGUAUGGGCAGCUAUAAAGGCUUACGUAAGCAGCAACAAUAUACGAUGUAAUGCACCUUAUGUCGUAGAGUUGAUAAAGGAAAAAGUAACCGCGAUCAGGCCGUGUGAUUGGAAAAGGCUGUGCGACAAAGUCAGGGCAAUUGAAGAAGCUUAUAUCAAAAGCGACCACGUUAUCGACGAAAUGACGGAUGAACUGGGGAUUCGAAGUGGAGAUUCUGACAGCAGUGAUUCCGAAGCGGAUUCGUCAACUGAUACAGAAGGUGAUGUCGCACCUCCUAGUUCAAGUUCUGGUCUCAUACCUCUCGGAGAUCAUAUGGAAGUGGAAUUUGUCAAAGUAGAGUCAAUAAAGCAGGAGCCUGCUAAUUAACGUCUGUAUUUUUUUUACAUUAUUUAUCAAUAUCAUCAAGCCAAUGAGUGAA